GAGAGAGAGAGGAGUGUAAAGUUGAAUGAUUAACUGUCUAGAUAAAGUCAGUGACAAACAACAGUAGAGAGGGCAGAGAGAAAGAACAGUAAAACAGUGACAAGUGAAAGACUGAAAAUAAACGCACUUUAAGAAGCAGCAGGAAAAAGCAGUUUCUUCAUUUGUCAUCAAAAUUAUUCCCAUAUGGAAGAGACUAGUGAACAGCCCAGGAAGAUUGAACUAAAUGAUGGCAACUUGAUGCCACUGCUGGGCCUGGGGACAUGGAAGGAAAAGCCCACAAGCUCAGAAGUGUGUCAAGGUGCAGCCGAGACUGCUAUCGCUGCUGGUUACCGUCACUUGGACACGGCCUAUAGUUAUAGGAAUGAGGUGGAGCUGGGGAAGGCAAUCUGUUCCAAAAUGCAGCAGGGCAUCGUUAGGCGCCAGGACAUGUUUAUCGUGAGUAAGCUGUGGGGCACUCAUCAUGCUGCUAAGGACAUCCCUCUGUGUCUGAAUAAAUCUCUCAGUGACCUACAACUCGAGUACCUGGACCUGUAUCUGGUGCACUUUCCUGUGGGACUACAGAAAGUCGAUAAUGAGCUCUUUCCAAUGAAGGAUGGAAAGAUACUCACAUCAGACAUUGAUUAUGUGGAUGUGUGGCAGGGGAUGGAAGCCCUGAAGGCCUCUGGAAAAGUAAAGAGUAUUGGUGUAUCCAAUUUCUCAAUCCAACAACUGGAAAGGCUGCUGUCUGUGGCGAAAAUCCCACCAGCUGUCAAUCAGGUAGAACUUCAUCCUUACCUAGUACAGUCUGAUCUGAUUGAAUAUUGUAAAUCAAGGAACAUCGCUCUCACAGCCUACAGUCCCUUUGGCUCACCAGGAAGGCCUGAGGAUCUUCGUAGAGGAGACAGAGAUCCUGAGAAGCUGCUGGAGGACCCUGUGGUUGCUGGAAUCGCUGCAAAACACAGGCGGACUCCUGCACAGAUUUUGCUGAGGUAUCACAUUGAACAGAACAUUGCAGCGAUUCCAAAGAGCGUUAAACCCAACCAUAUUCUGGAAAACACAAAGAUCUUUGAUUUCUGCCUGGACUUGGAGGACAUGAGUGCACUCAGGUCUCUGAAUCGUGGCUGGAGAGCCUGCGCCAUUGAAGAGUUGGAAUCUCAUCCUUACUACCCCUUUAAGUGAAAUGUUGUUAAUCUUGGAUACGCUCACUGUGCCUCAUUGCGAGCGCUGUUAUUCAGAGGACAGAACAAGAUUUUAAAGAAAGAGAUUUAACGUGCUCAACAAAUUGCCUGAAUUCAAAUACUCGCAAGAGUAUUAGUGCCAAAGUGUGUUUGUAACAUACGGUGUACUGAACUGAACCUCAGAGACAAUGAAUAAACAUGUUUAACA